AUUUUUUUGCUAACAUUGGAUAGGACUUUUAAUCAGCGUUAGAUGGCGCUAAAGAACCAAAGUAAAUAAUAAUAUUUUGGCGGGAUUCCCACGUUUUUUUUUACCUGUAAAAAUUUCACCUUCCCCAGCUUUGAAUCGUAAAGACAUGGAAGAAUCAAAAUCUCCAGUAUUAUCCUGUAAAAAGAAAGGCAAAAGUACAAAGCUUUUAUUGGCGUCACCGAUACUCUCUUGUGGAAGAAAGAGAAAAAAACCAUUGCCUGAUGAUAGUCCAGUAUUUUUGCGGUCUAUACGAAGGACUCGAAGCACUAAAGGAAGGGAAUCUCCUGUUAUUGACAGUUUUUGCAGCCCAACGACUAGCGAAGGCAGUCCAAUACGUCUUCAUAAAUUAAAGCCCAAGUCAUUAUUCAUUGAUAUUGAUGAAACACCCCCUUCGAUGAAUUUUCAGCUCUCUCAUACUUCAGCCGAACACAAUCGAGAGAGCAACCAUCACAUUAUUGAAGAAGAGAGCCAUUCGGAAAGCUCUGGAACUGAAGAUGACAUCAUUGUGCAUGAGAGAACUAUGUCUGACAGUGAAGAUAAACUUGAUACAACUGUCACCAAUGCCAGUAUUAGGUCACAGAAUUCUACUGCAAUCAGCCAAACAUCCUCAUACUACUCAGGAAUAUCAACACCAGAGAAGAAAACAGUCAGGGCUAAGCCAAUCCCAACAGGAUCAGCCAGAAAGAAGAGGCAGUAUAAGUCAAGUGGACUAGCUAAGCAGCUGACUAAGUUACUAGUUCGUCAAGAAUCAGACUAUCGUUUAUGGAAAUUUCAGCAAAAGUUAAGCUCAUCUUCAACAAUUGAGACGACGUUACUAGGUGAUUCUGUUAGCGCAAGGCUAAAAUUAAGGAUCGAAAGCCUUUGGGUUGGAAAAAUCCACCGUUUCGCUCAUUGCAGCAACCUUCUUCAAGAACAAUCCAAAGUUGAAGGAAGUUUAUCUUACAACAGGGUCAGCCUGUUGUUCACCCCGGAGCGUUGGGAGAGAUUCAGCAGCGUCCAAGCUGGUGACAUUGUGUCCAUCUACGAACCUUGGCAGAGCGUGGAGCUGAUGGGAGGAGUGACCCUCCUUUUGGAUUUCAACCUGCUACUGCUGUGCAAAAAGGUCACCAAAGAGGAGGAGGUAUCCAAAUUAAGCAACAUUGUUGUUGGUGAUGGUCUCCUCGGCAGCAGCAGUACAAGCGUACACGACUUCACGGACGCUGCUGAUGGAGGUGCUUGUUCUUCUGCAAGUGCUGAUAGUAUCGUCGACGUUGCUGAAAAUAGACGCCCUUCGACUGUGACCGUUCUGCAAACAUGGAGCUGUCCAUGCCAAGGUUGCACUUUAUGCCGUACUACGAUUUAAUUUCAAACGGAAAUAUUAUAUUUGCUCAAGUCAAAUAAAAGGAAGAAAAUUUCCUACUGCGUGGGGAAAUUUUCAAGAUUGUGUACACAUCAAUUUGUAAAUAUCCCUUUUAUAAAUUC